AUGUUCGACAAAGAAGGUAAACUGGCACCGAUGAACCAGCCUGAUUUUGCAGCGCUUCUAUAUCAGUUAGCAUUCUACUGCUCAGGCACAGUGGACAACCUCACUGCCACCUCAUCACCCAUCCAGCCGGUAAUGAGUGUGAAAAACCCUGGUGAUGAUGAGAAGGUCCUAGAGGUGAACCAUCGUGCAUGGAUCGAACAAUGUGGGCCAUUGCUGGUGUCAAACCUUGGAAGCUCCAAAUACAUUGCCGGAGACAGCUUUACCGCAGUCGAUGUGAUCGUCGGCGUCAACAUGCAUUAUAUCCACCGGAAGAGAAGUUGGCACGACUUCCCAGUCUUAGAGGCAUACUUUGAGCGGUUGAAGGAACGCACUGCGUUUCAAGAGGCCUUCGAAGUUCUGCCUUUCUCCAGUCUUUGA